AUGGUAAUUUAUGGGUAUAUAACAGCUGUGGGUUCGAAUAAAGCUGAACGAAUCACAGAAACGACAAAUGCACGCUACUAUUUUAGCAGUAGCGUAAUAGUGUCCAGCACGUCACUCAGUACUUACACACAAUACAUUGCGGCUGUACACGUAAUGUAUUCUGCUCCUGAUCAUGCAUCACUUGUAAUGGAUGAGGUGUCAUGGAUUCGUCACCGCGAUCUACACAUCCUGACCGUGGGCGGGUAUACUUACACGUCGGACCAGCGCUUCCAGGCCACGCAUUCGCCACAAACAGACGACUGGACUCUGCAGAUCAAGUGGGCCCAGCAGCGGGACGCAGGAGUGUACGAGUGCCAGGUCUCCACGCAGCCUGUACGAUCCUUCUUCGUAACACUGCACGUCGUCGAUUGUGACGAGAUCUACCAGAGGAUGUUCUCUGACGCAGAAUGUAACGUGAGAAUAACAGCUCACCGUUCACCAUUCACGCCCCAGAAGCCUCACGAUGCCAGUCAUUCGUUCUUUCGCUCAGUCGCGCAGGGCGCGCGCAUCUGUCAAGCGCUGUUGUCGGCUCCCGUGUUUAAGUAA